AUGCAACAUCUGGUGUUGCAACAAACGGUUACAACGACAACUAGAGGAACAGCUGAAACGACAUGGAGACGAAAACAACGUCGGUCAAGAGAAGCAGUGAAAGAAGCACGAAAAGGGACGAUUUAUAAUACGAGUGAUCGUUCUAAUCGUAGUGAUUAUGAUCAUAAACAUGGUAAUAGUAAAGGUAAUGGUAAUGAAUAUGGUUAUGACCCUGAUGUUAACGACCAAGAGGAAAAUAUUUCUGAUUUCCUAUAG